AUGGAAGCCCUGCAAAGGCAGCAGGCAGCCCGACUGGCCCAGGGGGUGGGCCCACUGGCCCCUCCACGCCCAUCGCCACCACGGCCUCCCUUGCCUGGCCUCCGGAUUCUGCAGGCCCCAGAGAGGGCCCUGGUGGAGGUUGGGGCUGAGGAAGAGGAGGAUACUGAAGAGGACGAGGAGGGGGAGGAAGCCGGGGCCGAGGAAGAGGCAGCUGAGGAGAGUCGUCCAGGAACUCGGGGCCCCGGCUCACCUUCCAGCCAGCCCCCUGGACCUCAGCCCCAUGAGUGGACCUAUGAGGAACAGUUCAAGCAGCUGUACGAGCUCGAUGCAGACCCCAAGAGGAAGGAAUUUCUGGAUGACCUGUUUAGCUUCAUGCAGAAGAGGGGGACACCAGUGAACCGCGUGCCCAUUAUGGCGAAGCAGGUGCUGGACCUGUACGCGCUGUUUCGCCUGGUGACAGCCAAAGGCGGCCUGGUGGAAGUCAUCAACCGCAAGGUGUGGCGGGAGGUCACGCGCGGUCUCAGCCUGCCCACCACCAUCACGUCGGCCGCCUUCACUCUACGCACUCAGUACAUGAAGUACCUGUACCCAUACGAGUGCGAGACGCGGGCGCUCAGCUCCCCCGGGGAGCUCCAGGCCGCUAUCGACAGCAACCGCCGUGAGGGCCGUCGCCAGGCUUACACCACCGCUCCGGUCUUCGGCUUGGGCCGCCCGCCCCCUCGGAGCACCCCCGGCCCCACCUCGGGUCCUGGCUCCGCCCUGCUCGCGCCCACUCCGGGCGCCCGCCCAGCCCAGGGCUCCGCGUCCGGUCUGCCGGCGCACGCCUGCGCGCAGCUGAGCUCGAGCCCGAUUAAGAAAGAGGAGAGUGGAAUUCCAACCCCUCGACUGGCACUGCCUGCGGGUCUGGCCUUGGGACCCGCGUGGGAGAAAUUGGCACCAGAGGAGCCUCCAGAGAAGAGGGCUGUGCUGAUGGGGCCCAUGGAGCCACCUCGACCUGGCGCACACCACAGUUUCCCGCCCCAUGGCAAAGUUCCCCUAAGGGAAGAGCGGCUGGAUGGGCCUCUCAAUCUGGCAGGCAGUGGUAUCAGCAGUAUCAACAUGGCACUAGAGAUCAACGGGGUGGUCUACACUGGCAUCCUCUUUGCCCGCCGUCAGCCCGUGCCAGCUUCCCAGGGCCCAACUAACCCUGCACCCCCAACCCCUACAGGACCCCCUUCCAGCACCUCACCCUGAGAGCUCUCACUUGGAAUUAAGAGUCCCAGCCCACUACUGGGGGGAGGGGCGGGAGACACCCCCUCCACCUUGAUUCUUCCAGGGGGCCCACCCUAGGACCCAACCUUGGGAGGUGACCACUACACCCCUCAUGUGGACUUGAAGCCAAAGAGUUUUCUUUUGAUGUUACAUCUACCUCAUUGUAAAGGGAGGGCACCUCCUCUCUGACCAACUCCAGCAUCUACCAAGGAGCCCUGCCUCCAGUGACACCCGUGUCGAUGUCAUCUCUAGGACCCUACCUCUGAAGUCAGACCUGCUUCUUCUCUUCAGGAGCCAGAUGAAGGGUUGGGUUGGGGUCUUGUGAAGGAGGUGUUCUUCAGGUCAGGUCACAU